UCGCGAGGGGUAUCGGCCGGUGUAUCGGAGAAGACCAAUAGGCAUUUGGGAGCAAAGCCAUUCCCUGGCUGGAGCAACACCAUGCUCUCGUGGCAGAGGACUGCCUUCCACUUCCAGCCCGAUAAGAACUGGAUGAACGAUCCUAAUGGUCCUGUAUACUACAAGGAAUGGUAUCACUUCUUCUACCAGUAUAAUCCAAACGAUGCCGUUUGGGGUGACAUAGUUUGGGGCCACGCAGUGUCAAGGGACAUGAUACAUUGGCUUUACCUUCCAAUCGCAAUGGUUCCAGACCAAUGGUACGAUGCAAAUGGUGUGUGGACCGGCUCAGCCACCAUCUUAUCCGAUGGCCAACUCGUCAUGCUCUACACCGGUUCGACCAACGAGUCGGUUCAAGUACAAAACCUGGCUUAUCCGGCUGAUCCUUCCGACCCUCUCCUUCUGAAUUGGACCAAGUACGACAAAAACCCGGUUCUAUCCCCUCCUCCGGGCAUUCAUUACCGCGACUUCCGCGAUCCGACGACGGCCAUGCUGACGUCGGAAGGCAAGUGGCGUAUCAGCAUUGGGUCCAAGAUCAACAAAACCGGCAUUGCGCUUAUCUAUGAUACUGAGGAUUUCAAAAAUUUCGAGCUCAAGAAUGGGUGGCUCCGGGCCGUGCAGGGAACCGGUAUGUGGGAGUGCGUUGACUUUUAUCCAGUGUCAAGCAUCAAUGAUGUUGGAUUGGAUACCUCUGCCUAUGGGGAUGGUGUUAAGCAUGUGGUGAAGGUGAGCUUGGAUGAUGAUAGAAAUGAUUACUAUGCAAUUGGUUCUUAUGAUGAGAAGCUUGCAAGCUUCUUGCCUGAUGAUGUUAAGAAUGAUGUUGGUAUUGGACUGAGGUAUGACUAUGGUAAUUUCUAUGCUUCCAAGACAUUCUUUGAUCCAAGUAAGCAAAGGAGAAUCUUGUGGGGUUGGAUUACAGAGUAUGAUAGCGAGUGUGUUGAUAGAACCAAGGGCUGGGCAUCACUUCAGGGCAUUCCGAGGACAGUGAGACUUGAUAGGAAGACAUGGAGCAAUUUGAUUCAGUGGCCUGUUGAGGAGGUGAAUAGUUUAAGAUUGAGAAGCAGUGAGUUUAAGGAUUUGAAGGCCAAGCCUGGUUCAGUUGUUCCACUACAAGUUGAAACAGCCACACAGUUGGAUAUUGUUGCGGAAUUUGAAGUAGACAAGGAAGCACUGAAGACAACAUUACCGGAGAGCGAUACAGACUACAUUUGCGAAAGCAGCGGCGGAGCUUCUGGCCGUGGUGCCUUGGGACCUUUUGGUCUUCUUGUGUUAGCAGAUGCUGGACUUUCUGAAUUUACUCCUUUGUACUUCUAUGUCUCCAAAGGACUCAAUGGAAGUCUUCGCACUACUUUCUGCUCUGACCAGUCAAGGUCUUCUGUAGCAACGAAUGUUAACAAGAAGGUGUUAGGUAGCGUUGUGCCAGUUUUUGGAGGUGAAAAGUUGUCUUUAAGAGUACUGGUGGACCAUUCUAUAGUUGAAAGCUUUGCUCAAGGUGGAAGGACUUGUGUCACAUCUCGGGUGUAUCCAACAAGAGCAAUCUAUGGAGCUGCCAAAUUAUUCGUCUUCAACAAUGCAACUGAUGCCACUGUCACAGCAUCAAUCAAAGUUUGGCAGAUGAACUCCGCAUUUAUUCGCCCAUACCACCCUGAAACUGACACUUAG